UCUUGUUUCAUUACAUGCUUAUGCUAGCCAACAUUCAAUCACUUUUUCAUUUCUAAAAAGGGGGAUGAAAGUGCAUGAAUGAGGGAUAAAAUUCCAACAAACCUCGCCCAAACAGUCUUUCUCUGUUCACAUUUUCAUGGUCCAAAGGAAAAAAAAACAAUGCAAUUGAGAAGAAAUACAAAGCGAUGCAUUAUUAUGACUGCUAAUGCCCCGCACUUCACACAAGAAGAGACUGCUGAACCCACUCAAAUCUCAGCUGUUGUUCAAAGAGGCUCCCAUCAAUGGACCAAAGCAUGAAUAUGGAGCACAACUUCGGAGUGCCAUCCAUCCCAGGUCAUUCAUAUCAGAGAAACAACAGCGGGGUGAUGCACCAUGGGUUUCUCCGCAGUUUAAUUCACAUGCAACCACAAGAGUUAGUCGGGGUGGUCGAGGGAAGAGGAAUCACCAGGUGGCUACAAGAAUCACCAACAAAGCAUCGGCUUUGUGUUUACCACAGACUAGAAAAGCAAGUGUUAGCAGAUUUACUCCCUUGUCAUUUCAGGCAACCACAAUACAAGGGCUUGAAAACCUUCGUCAUCCACAAACAAAGAAAAAUACGUUUGUUUCUUCAGACAAACAUCAAAAGGAGCUUCAAGAAACUCCAAGAAGAUCAAAAUGUGCUCGGAAAUGCACUGAAAAGAGGAUGCUCACACGUGUUAAAUCUGCCACCUCCAAGUAUACAGAAGUUUCAAAGAGCCUAACAUUUCACAAUAAUGGAAAGGGGUUGACUAAUGCUUUAAUUCAAACACCAAACACAAGCCUGGUUCCUGAUCCGCCACAUGUGGAGACUCCAGAAGUGCCAAAUUGUUCCAGCAUAUCGCCAUCCAAUGUUCAACAACUUAUUUUCCCUCCAAGCCAGGCAAAAACCCCUCCACGAGCUGAAAACACAAGCGUCUUGGUGGAGGACACACCUGAGAAGGACUAUGGGCUGAGGGUAACGUGGAGACGGAGGAAAGGACUGAUGAAACUACUGAUUGAUAAAGGACAGCUUCUUUUAAAAGAUGCUGAAGUGGCCAAUGAGUGGAUUUGAAUUAAGAAAUGUUGUACACAAAAAAAAAAAAUCAUGUC